AUGGAUUUUCUUCAGCGCUCGCUCAUUGAGCCACUGUUCGUACUCGGCGAGGUGGUGGACGAGAAAAAGUCAUGUAACCCAAGCUCACUCGUCCAGCGUCUCUCUCGGUUCCUCGACCGCCCCCUCUUCCCGUGGAAGAGGCUCAUCCUCGGCUUUUCCAUCGGCCAAUAUGUCUUCGAAACCUUCCUCACACUCCGUCAGUAUAGUGUCCUCCAGCAGGUCAAGCCCCCCGCCGUUCUCGCCAAGGAAAUCUCUCAGGAAACUUUCGACAAGUCGCAGGCCUACGGCCGUGCCAAGGCCCGUUUCGAUAUAGUCUCUGGUCUCUGGGCCCAGAUCCAGAAUGUCGCCUUCAUUCAGUUCGAUGUUCUCACCAAGAUGUGGUCCUGGACCGGCGAUCUGCUGCUGCGUUGGGCGCCCGCACGCUUCUCGGGCGAAAUCAGUCACUCCAUCGUCUUCGUCAUGACCUUCAUCGUCCUGCAGCAGAUGCUCAGCCUACCCACCCGCGUCUACAACACAUUCGUCCUCGAGGAGAAGUUUGGCUUCAACAAGCAGACACCCAAGCUAUUCGUCACCGACAUGAUCAAGACCAAUCUCUUGACCGCCGCCAUCAUGCCCCCGAUCCUGGCUGCCUUGCUCAAGAUCAUCCAGAAGACAGGCAACCAGUUCGUCUUCUACCUCUGGGUCUUCACCGCUGGUCUGCAGCUCUUCAUCACCACUGCCUACCCCAUCUUCAUCCAACCCAUCUUCAACAAGCUCUCGCCGCUCGAGGAUGGUGCACUGAAGACGAAGGUCGAGGCCCUUGCCCAGGGCCACAAGUUUCCCCUUCAGGAGCUCUUCGUCAUCGACGGCAGCAAGCGCAGCGCUCAUUCCAACGCCUACUUCUACGGCCUGCCGUGGAAGAAGCACAUUGUCAUCUACGAUACCCUGAUUGAAAAGACGCAAACCGAAGAGAUCAUCGCCAUCUUGGCGCAUGAGCUUGGUCACUGGAAGUUGGGGCACACUACCCGGCUCUUUGGCAUCUCCCAGGCCCACCUCCUCUACGUCUUUAGCCUCUUCUCCAUCUUCAUCAACAACGUCUCGCUCUACUCCGCCUUUGGGUUCAGCGCCACUCGUCCCAUCGUCAUCGGCUUUAUCCUCUUCUCCGACGCCUUAUCCCCGCUGGAUACCGUCAUCAAGCUGCUCUUCAACAUCAUCUCCCGCAAGUUCGAGUUCGAAGCCGAUGCCUUCGCCAAGACGCUGGGCUACCGAUCCGACCUUGCUGCCUCGCUCAUCAAGCUCCAUGCGCAGAAUCUCAGCACCAUGGAUGCCGACUGGAUGUAUGCAAGCUACCACUACUCCCACCCGCAUCUGUCCGAGCGACUCAAGGCCCUCGACUGGAAGCCCCGGGAAGCGCUUACGAGCGAGAAGGACAAGGACGAUGCUGUGGUCAAGGCCAGCGGACGGGACGAGCUGUAG